AUGAGUGCUUUAUUAGCUCAGAUUGUAAAAGAAAAAGGUUCAGGUGAAACAUUAAAAUUGCCAGGGAAAACCCGCUGGGGCAGUUACUGCACUGCGUUAAAAAGUUUAAAAAAAUCCAAAGUUGCAUUACAGACUUUAGCUGUUCACGAAGAUGCCACUAUUUUAGACGAAAUAAAAUCAAAUUUAUUGGAUUUAAAUUUUUGGACCAUGGUAGAAAAUUGUAUAAAGCUACUGGAACCUAUAACAGACAAAAUUUUCAAACUGGAAGGCAAUGAAAUACUUAUAAAUGAAGUUUACAUGGCUUUCAAAGAUAUUAAGUCUACAUUAAAUUUUGCAUUUCCAGAUAUAUCUGUUCUAAAUGAGCAUCAUAAACAACAUAUUACAAAUGCUGUAAUUAGGCGAGCAGAUAACUGUUUGAAACCCAUUCAUUAUGCUGCAUAUUUAUUAGAUCCAAGAUCGCAAGGCAUUGAAUUAGAAGAAGAACACGAGGUGGAUGCAAUGGAAUUUAUACACGACGUGAGCCAAUCGCUCAAUAUUGACGUUGGUGUAGAUUUAGCCAAUUAUAGAGCUAAACAGGGUUUAUGGAGCAGACCAUUUAUAUGGAAGAAUGUCGCUGAAAUUGACCCGGUAGUUUGGUGGAGAGGACUCUGCAAGUCCAAAUUGCUUAGUAGGGUUGCAGUACGUAUUCUUACUGCUCCCUGUACUUCAGCAGCCACUGAACGAUCUUUUAGCACGCAUGCGCAUAUACAUAGUCAUAAACGAAAUAGAUUGACUACAGACAGGGCAGCAAAAAUAGCUUUUAUAUCGUAUAAUUGGAACCUGUUACACAAACAUAAAAAUGAUGACAAUGACGAUGAUGACGAGACGUUAUCUACGCCCAGGCAAUUAUCAAGUCCGUUGGGUAGCCCAAUAAAUGAAGAACAACCUUCAACAUCUCGUGGAUAUACACAAGAAAUAGAAUUUUGUAAUAUUAAUAAUAUAUUUAAUGACAAUGACAGUAGCGACAAUGACUAA